UCCACCUCUCCCUCCUCCCAUCCCCUUCAAAGAGAGAGGAAGGCAUGGAGGGAUCCACCCUAGCCGCAGACCGACAAACCGCAAGAAACCAGCAACCAGACUGAAGACCCACAUGGCCCGGAUCGGCGUCGCGGUGCUCGCGCUCCUGGUGGCCGCCGCGGCGGUGGCCUGCCUGCCGGCCCCGGCCUCCGCGGGCGAGCAGGACUCCAUGCUGCUGACGCGCUCGGCGACCUGCGACGGGGCCGUCGGGGAGUGCGGCGUGGACGAGGACGAGGAGAUGGGGACGGGCGCCAACGGCACCGGCGAGGCCCUGCGCCGGUCGCUGGCGCGGAAGCCGACGGCCAGGUACAUCAGCUACGCCGCUCUGCGCGCCGACCAGGUCCCCUGCAACAAGCGCGACAAGUCCUACUACACCAACUGUGGCUCGAUGCAGCAGGCCAACCCCUACACGCGCGGCUGCUCCGCCAUCACGCGCUGCGCGCGCAACAUGAACUGAUUUCGUCGUCCGGAUGCCUCGUCGAUCUCGCGCACGGACGGCAAUCAUCGAUACGUGCGUACGGAACGGGGAGGAGAUGUGACCGUGUGAGCGCCUAAUUAAGCACUGUAUGCGUUUUGUGCUGCUUCAACAUUGAUCCAACAAAAUUAACGACUGUUAUUGUUUUCGUGAGUAGCUUCUAUCUAUGUACCCACCGUGUUCCUUCUAUUGCCACGCCAAUUUAUUCCUUUUGAAAAAAUGUUUGUAUAUUUGAAGAAGAACAGAGUUUUUUUUUUCGCCUCUA